AUGGAGGAGAAUAAAAUCUCUUCGUCCGAAGAUGAAUCCUCUAAGCCUGAAUCUGUUCUCGACGCCGCGGAGAAGGAUCACGAUCACGUUUCCGAUUCUGAAUCUGGAUCGGAGGAAGAAUCCGAUCAUGAGGCUUGGAAAAUGUCGGUUCCACUCCGGAAGAGUCUUGGUAAAGGGAAGAACGGAGAGGAACCGGCAUUUUCCAAGCCUCAUGAUCGAAAGGCGUUUGGUUUGUCCAAGUUUAUUUGGGGAGCUAAUGGGAUAGCUCCUAAAUCAGUUCCGAAAUCUAACGGGUUGUCGAAGAAGAUCAGUAAUAAGUCGGAGAAAGUGGAGUUUGUGAAGCAAGAGGUGGUUUCUUCUUUGCCUAAUAGUAAAAGCUGUGAAGACGAGGAGGUGGCGAAUAAAGAAGAAGUGUCUUCGCUUGGUAUGCCGGAAUUGGAUACUACGUUUAUGAAGUCUUUUCUUGCGAAAUCACUAGCGCGUUUUGGUGUGGAUGCUCAACAAGGAUGGACUAGGCUUGCCUCAGAGGAUAAAUAG